AUGAAGGAUCUUUGGGUUAUUUAUUUGAUUGAUAUUUUCUUCACGGUGUCUCAAGCUUUUAAUUUUUCGCUGAAUUAUCACGCAGAAUUAGAAUUUGAUAAUGUAAAGUCAAAUAACGAACUGUUAGCUGAGUACACGGCUCAGUCGUUGUGUCAGUGUUCUGUGCAUGCAAAGUGUCAUAAGGAGUACUGUUGCUUCUUUGGAUAUAAUCCCAUAUUGAAGACGUGCCGUGUACCUAAGAAGGUCUUCAGGUCUGAGGAAUCUAAAGAACUCGGAUGGAGAUAUUACUCUCAUGAUUUUGUCUUUCCUACUGAUUGUAAGGACCUCCAUGAUAAUGGUCAGACUAAUUCCGGUGUUUACGAAAUUUAUCCCUAUUGUACCGCCUCACAUCCAGUCAGAGUUUACUGCGACAUGGAAACAUUGAAUGGAGGAUGGACGACUAUCCAAAAACGAGUCCUUGGAUCUGUAAGCUUUAACAGGAACUGGGAAGAAUAUAAGAAUGGUUUUGGUGCCCCGGAACACGAUUUUUGGAUUGGAAAUGAGGUUAUUCAUCAGUUAAGCAAGGGAAACAACUCGUACCUUUACGUUUCCAUCACGCACGAGGAUGGAAGGAGACUGUAUGAGUUGUACGAACGAUUCUCUGUUCUCAGUGAAGCAGAAAAAUAUAGACUUUUUCUGGCUGGAAAUACCACGGGCACAUUAGGAGACCAGAUGUUAAAUACUUCGGAUUCCAUCUCUGAUUUGUCUGGGAUGUACUUCUCCACCUUGGACAGAGAUAACGAUGGAUGGGCUGAGGGACACUGUGCUGUUGAUCGUGGAGGAGGGGGAGAAUGGUGGUUUAACGAAUGUUACCUCGCCUUUCUCAAUGGUCCCUGGUUAUCAGAGGAAUGGAGAGCACCCUGGUUUCCAACAGUUGUGUCAGGGGCAUCUAUGAGGAUGAAAAAAGGGGUGAAAAACAGUCGAUUCAAUAAAAAAGUUUGA